AUGGCUGGAAUUUACGUUGGAGCACAAGCUUUAAUUUUACAGAAAAAUCUGUUAGCCCUCUAUAUUCAUUGUGGUGCCCAUAGUCUUAAUUUAGCUGGAGUACAUGCAGUUGAAUCUUGUGCUAAGAUGAAGACUUUCUUCGGUCCUCUAGGCUUUGAAACGGAAUUUUUGACAAAACGAAAGAAGAGAGCGAAACGGUAUCACGAUGAACUUGCAAAUGCAGCUUUCUGCUAUGAGAGCCCCGAGCAUCAAUUUGAGGUUAACAUCUUCAACGUUGCUCUUGAUCAUUUUAAUUAUCAAGUUCAUUCAAGAUUUGAUAUAGUAAAGAAUGUUUCCUCAAGAUUCUCAUUCAUCUGGUUAAAAGACCAAGAACCAGAUUCUCAAGAGAUAAAAGCUCGUGAAUUAGCACAGUUCUACGCUAAUGAUGUCAAAGAAGACGACUUCAUACAAGAAAUUUUGUAUCUUAAUCUGUCUGUUGCAGAGGGUGAGCGAUCCUUCUGUAAACUUAAAUUGAUAAAGAAUUAUUGUAGGGCCACUAUGGGACAAGAACGUCUUUCGGAUCUCAUGAUGCUUUCAGUGGAAAAUGAGUUGGCUAAGACUCUGUCAUAUGAUGAUAUAAUAACAAAAUUUGCCGGUAAAACGCAAGAAAAGAGUGUUUUAUAA